GCGGGAACUCGACAUGAGCAGGAAGCGCGCCAGAGUGCUCACCGAGCAGGUCGCCGCGCUGGAAAGUGAGAAAUUAACCCUUCAAGAGCUGCUGUCAAAGUCAAAGGACGAGUGCCAUCGUAUCAACGAGAUGUACGCAAGCAGACAAUCGGUUCUUUUAGAAGAGAAUGAGACUCUGAGAACUGAACAUGCCGACGUAUCUGCUCGCUUGCAAGACCAAGAGGAGGUUAUGCAACAAGUCAUUAAGGAAAAGAUCUUAUUAGAGAUGGAGUUGAAGGAUAUGUUCAAUAAGUCAAACCAGACGCAUAUGCGCCUGGAUCGUUCAAUAGACGUCAGUUACACUGAGGACCAGAUGCUCACAGCACUAGACAGCCUUAAUGCUGAUAGCCGGUUUUCUCAAGGUAUCUUUGACAUUUUUUUUAAUACUGUUACCGCUUAAAAGAAAUAUCACAAGUUAACACAUUUGAAAUUGGUGUAGAAAUUAGACUACAAAUGCUUUAAUUUAUUUGUUUAACUCCUAUUUGUGCUUUCAUUUUGCAGAACUCAUUUUUCCACUCUAUAAUAUUAUGUCCUACAUAGUGUUGGGUGAUUUUGGAAAUUCAGUAAAAUAAUAUUUUUUUAGAAAAAUAUGAACACGUUUUUGGGAAGUUUAUCCAACACAAGUGCUAUGCCAAUGACAAUGUUCCACAACAAUUGAGAUUUAUUGCUAUGUUUAAUGUCAUGUUUUACAAUUCUUUCAACUUCCUGUAUAUUUAUAUACAACUCACUGCAGAUCUAUUGUGGCUACAUUAUAAAUUGGUUGGUUCAACAGAGGAAGGACCAUGCUCACAAAGGAUAUAAAAAAGUGAAAUAGGGGCAUUACACUUCUGUGUUCAUAUGUUCUAUGGGCUCAUAGACCCAGACUAUAUCUCGAUAGACCUCGGACUGUUUUAUUCCAUAAUAAGGAUAAGGAUAGAUGUAGGCAUCUAUGGAUACAUCUAGGGACUCCCUUUGACAGCCUUUCUUAUCAAAAAGUUGAUAUUCUCUUGUUUCUGUCUAUAUAUAUGUGUGUCGGUAUAAUAUUAUUUUUACAUUGAGCCAAAUAUCCAUCCAUUAUUCUAUAAAAGUCCAUUGCUGAACAUAGGCCCCCAUCAUAGAUCUCCUCAAGGGGGGAUUUUGCCAUAGUUGCUACGCUUGGCAAGCAGGUUGAAGAUGCUGCUGCCCAUCUCCUGUUUCAUUUUCCCUCUGUUGCCUCUUAAGAUACCCACGGGACGAUAUGGGGUAGUGGAUAUUCUUACACCAUCACUAAUCACCUAUAUUCUUUUUCUUAAAAGCUUUAACCAUGCUUUAUAUUUAUUUAUUCCCUUUCGCAUAGAUAAAACACAAAUUAGUUUUCUUUGCAUAGCAGUUAUAUUUAAAGAGGUGUGCCUAAUUAUUAUGUUACUACUGUAAGACAAAACUUUCUAUAUCGAAAAUAUGUUGUAUUAUUGUUUGAUUUGUAUGGCACACCUGUUUUUAUAAGCUGUUGUAAAGCUAUAUAAAAACAAUUAACAAUAAUUUUCCGCUUUUGCUUUCUACUAUGUAACACUUUAUAAACAUUCUUUAUUAGACAACCGGAUAUUAGACGAAGAGUCGUUCAUUAACGCACUCAAGGAGGACCAAGGACGGCCGACCAACAUGUCAUUGUUCGAUGAAAUAAGACUGAGCUUCUGUAACAUUUCCAAACACAAUAUAACUGACUUAAAUUCUUCUAGAAAUUUCGAUAAGAGCUGCGUACAUUGUGAUACUUUAUUAGUUAUGGCAUCAACACAAACAGAUGAAUAUGAACUUUGUAUAUGUUCUGAAACAGUAGAUAGUAAAAUGGUACCAAGUACAUUAGAUAUCGCAAUACAAACAGAUUCAGCACUAGCAGAAAAUGUGUCUUAUGUUAAUAACAAUAAUGUCGAAACUUGUAUCGACUGCAGUAAAUGUUUAGAAUGCGAAAAAUUAAAGGAAAAUGCAACCAAAUUAGAAAGUGACAUCCAACAUUCAAAUUUCACUAUCGCAGAAAUGCAAUCUGAGAUUGAUAGGUAUGAGGAAAAUGUGAUAAUUCUGCAGAAGAUGGCGGACGAAGAAUGCGAUGGAAAUAGAAAGUUAAAGGCAUUAAUAGAUAAUUUAAAAUUGAAUCUUGAAUUAAUUGAUUCCAAAUAUUCUGACCCAAGUGGGAAAUUCAACACGGUUUGCUGUGAGACAUGUAAUGCUCAAGUACAAACGGAAAGUGGUAAUCUUUGAUAUGUUAUAUAAAAUAGUAAAUGUUGAGGAUAUAUUUUAUAGUGUAGUAGGAUAUGGUUUGGUGCAUAUUUAUAAUAUUUUGAUUUGAAAUGGGUGUAUUAUUUAUUUCUUGUUUAUCAUAUAUAUUUAUUAGAUUAUGUAGUUUAUAUGUAUUGUCUAAAAUAAGAAGUUACGUCAUUAGGUUUUUCUUUACACAAUGUGUUGCUCUUUGUACGGCAAUAAAUGAAAACGCAUAUUCGGUAUCGCAUUUUCAGAUAUUCGACAUGACUUUCAUGCUUCUUCAAACUAAAUAAAAAAAAUUGUGUCAAUAAAUAAUUAAGGCACAACCUUUAACAAAAAUCUCAAAUAAAACUGUCAGUUGACGACAAGGUCAUGCAUAAUAAGAUGUUUUAAUGAAAUUAAACC